AUGGAAGAAGCAUUCUCUCCAGUCGACUCCCUCGCCGGCUCCCCGACGCCUGAGUUGCCAUUGUUGACAGUGUCCCCGGCGGACACGUCGCUUGAUGACUCGUCAGUACAGGCAGGGGAGACCAAGGCGGAAGAGAAGAAGCCUGUGAAGAAGAGAAAGUCAUGGGGCCAGGAAUUGCCAGUCCCGAAGACUAACUUGCCCCCAAGGAAACGGGCCAAGACUGAAGAUGAGAAAGAGCAACGUCGUAUCGAGCGCGUUCUUCGCAAUCGUGCGGCAGCACAAACAUCACGCGAGCGCAAGAGGCUCGAAAUGGAGAAGUUGGAAAAUGAGAAGAUUCAGAUGGAACAGCAAAACCAGUUCCUUCUGCAACGACUAUCCCAGAUGGAAGCUGAGAACAAUCGCUUAAACCAACAAGUCGCUCAACUAUCUGCUGAGGUCCGGGGCUCCCGUGGCAACACUCCCAAGCCCGGCUCCCCCGUCUCAGCUUCUCCUACCCUAACUCCUACCCUAUUUAAACAAGAACGCGACGAAAUCCCUCUUGAACGGAUUCCUUUCCCCACACCCUCUAUCACCGACUACUCCCCUACCUUGAGGCCUUCCACUCUGGCUGAGUCCUCCGACGUGACACAACAUCCUGCAGUGUCCGUCGCUGGACUCGAAGGAGAAGGAAGUGCCCUCUCUCUCUUUGACGUCGGCUCAAACCCUGAACCUCACGCUGCCGAUGAUCUUGCAGCUCCUCUUUCUGACGAUGACUUCCACCGCCUAUUCAACGUUGAUUCACCCGUUGGGUCAGAUUCUUCAGUCCUUGAAGACGGGUUCGCCUUUGACGUUCUCGACGGAGGAGAUCUAUCAGCAUUUCCAUUUGAUUCUAUGGUUGAUUUCGACCCCGAAUCUGUUGGCUUCGAAGGCAUCGAGCCGCCCCACGGUCUUCCGGAUGAGACUUCUCGCCAGACUUCUAGCGUGCAACCCAGCCUUGGCGCGUCCACUUCGCGAUGCGACGGGCAGGGCAUUGCAGCUGGCUGUUAG